GGCACCGGGCUAGACGGCGGCAGGCGCGGCAGGUGCGGCGGGCGGCCACCGGAUCUGGUCGACGGCGGGGGCGCGGUGGCCCUCCUCCCUCGUCGUGCUGGAUCCCCCUCCCUCCUCCCUGCUCCCUCCCUCGGCGGCCAUGGCGGCCGCGGCGCGGGGCGGAGGCGCGGUUCGUGGUGUAGCGGAGGCGCGGGAUGGCCCUUCUCCCUCCUCUUCCCUCGAUUUGGGGCGGCGGACGGCCCUGCUCCCUCCUCCCUCGAUUUGGGGCGGCGGCGGCCGGAGCCCCUCUCUGGCUCUCUCUCCCCGGCGGGCGACCUCGGCGUGCGACGAGCUCGGCGGCCUCGACGGUCUCGGCGGGCGGCGAGCUCGGCUCGGCUCCGGUGCCCCGCACCUCCAUCCUCCCUCCCCCUCCCGCGGCGGCGGAUCUCGAGCUCGCGCGCUCCUCUCUCUGCUCUCCGAUACGGCAACAGAUACGUAUCCAAACCUGAGUUUCAAGGCCCAUUGCGGCCCAGUACGCCGAUACGCGAUGGAUACGUAUCCCCGGAGUAUCCCUGGCGUAUCCGUAUCCGAUACGUAUCGGAUACGGGAUACGUGGUCUCCUGGACGUAUCGGGGGUAAUGGAGUGUAACUAUAUAUAUAAUCCCAGCGGAUGAUUUGAAUGCCUGCUCAGGCACGUUCGUGAAAAUUUGAAUGCCUGCUAUGCAGUACUCUUGUGGUUGCUUGAAGCAGGAUUUCCUGCAGGCUGCUGUAGCAUGUAAGCUGUGUUUCUCCCGCCAAAUCUGUGGUUCAUGGGAUGUUAGGAUCGUGGGUACGGUGCUUUAUACCAUAUGAGAUCAUCCGUAGGUGGCAUAUUGCAUUAUGCCAUGUGCGGCCGAUAUAUAUAGCAUUUAAGUUUAAAAAGAUGGCACCUUGAUGCACUUCCAGUUCUAGAGUUUCGUUUCAUUUCACUUCAUUCCAUUCCAUUUGGAUGGUUUGAACGAGUUAAUAGAAGCCUAGAGGGUAGCACAUGUUUAUGCUUUUGUGUUGUUAUUCAUGUCACUUGUUACCUUCAAAAAUUGGUAACUGGAUGGAUCACUUAUUUUAUGAGCGCCUUGUCAAGCAAAGCUUGGCCUUUUAUAAAACAUUUUUAGAGGAGGCUAAAAAACUUAUUUUUAUAUUGUUAUUUUCCAUAUAUAGUAUUCACGUCAACCUUGUUUUUUUUUCUAACACAUUGGUUUAGAGGAUAUUCGCUAUUGUUAGUUCCAUCUUCCUCCAAACUUUUGUUCAUGUGCCCUCUUCGUAUCUUUUCUUCGUUGAGGCACUAUGGGUGCUUUGGCAUUAUUCCAUUCUUGCAAUUAGUGUUGACAUAAACUGUAAUCUUGCCAUGGGACGAGUGAGGAGAUGGGGCAUGAUGUGCUGGCCCAAGGACGAAGUCGGCGGCCCAAGCAUGGCAUGAUGGCGGCCUGUCCCGCUUAGCCCCACGGCCCGUUCUUGACCGGAAGCAUAGACACAUUGUUCACAUUUCACAUAUCAUAAUUCAUCAAUGCAUAUUGCAUUGGAAAGAAUAAAAUUCCAUCGAACAGGCGAAUCUAUUCAUCUUUCAAGAUAGAAACAUAUGCAUCCAAGAUAGAAAUUAGAGAUGGAAAGGACAAGAGUUUGCCGUUCAUCUUCAUGAAAGCCGUCUGUAGGUGGGUCCACCUUGCCACCAUAGCCAAGCAAGAGGUUGGAUCCCGCAGGAGGACGCUCCACGUCGUAGGAGCGCGAUAGGGCGCACUUUGCCGCCGUCAAUGAAUAGGAUCUCAAGGCGGGAUCCGACCCGAAUGUGGCAAGGACUGGGGCCUAAUUUCACAUUUGGGGAAAUGUGGUGCUGCCUGAAACAAAAAUGAGGUGGGGUGGGAAAGAGGGUGUUGUGUUUGGAGGGGGGGGGGGGUGAAAUUAGGGAGAGCCAGGUGGUAGAGUUUGAGGGCUUAUUUAUGAGGGUUAUUUAAUUUAUUGCCAUCUUUCCGAAUGGCACUCCUUCAAUUGCCAUCCUUAAAAUGGCUUAUAUGUAUUUGCCAUCAGAAUUGCCAUUUUUGCUAACGUGGUGCUCCAUGUCGUCGUGCCAGCGUGCACUAAGGAUAGGAAAUGACCUCUAUACCCCGUUCUUCUUCCUCCCUCCUUCCUGCUAAAAAAUGGAGGAGCCGUAGAAGAGGAUGUCAGCACUGCUAUCAGAGUCAUCCAUCCUUGCCGCGCCCGGGUCGUCACGGAAUAGGGUUGGGGAGGUCGGUGCCAUGGCGGCGCUCGUGAAGCUGCUCAACGAGGGGCAGGGGCGGACCUAGGAUUCACCAAAGACUAGGGCCAUUACAUUAGACAUCAGCUAUUUGUGCUUGGCUAUAGAAAAAAAGUAGUAUUCUAUCCACUGUAAUUAAGGGCUAUGACUACGACCAUAGCCCUAUAGUGGCCCUAGUGCUGGGUCCGCCAUUGAUGAGGGGUGCGACGGCAGCAUCGGCGGCAAGCGGGUAGGCGAGCUUGCGGCGGUGGUGAUCAACCAUGGGUGCGGUUGCGCAGAAGGCCGCCAGGAGCUGGUGGCGCACCCGGCGGGCCUGGCGGUUGUGGCGAAGGUGGCGACGUAGCUGUCCCCCAUGGGCACCGAGAGCACAGUGCACGCGCUGCACGCGGUGGCCUGACACUCUGCGACCCCUGCGGUGCUGCAGGAGAUACUGGCCGUUGGAGUGGUGGUGAGGCUGUAGUGAGGCUGCUGUACCUGGUGCAGGCUGGCGCCGCCAGCGAGCGGUCGAGAGAGAGGGCGAGGAAGAUGUUCAAGUUGCACGCUAGGGUGUAGAGGGGCUCGCCAUGCUUUGCGUCGCACCUGGCGUCGUCCUAUGCUGAUCCAUAUCGCAUGACGUGGCUGAGCUGGUUCAGGUGGCCCUGCGCCGGGAACGGCACUGUCACGACAGCCACACCAGAGUCGAAUUCCAUGGCCGGGCUGCGGUUUCACUUGGGGAACAGAGGAUAAUAGCCGAGACAUGGUGAGGUCAGGGAGCGUGCUCGUUUAGCAAUCCUUUAAUGAUUCUUUAUUCGAAAGAUAAAUCUUUACCAAACACUUCGUAGUUAUGACAUGGCCAGCUCGACAAUCCAUUGAUAUGUGACACCCAGCUCGACACUCCAUUGAUGUGUGACGAGCGGAUUAAAGUGUAUGUACAUAUGUGCGGAUUUGUUUGUACCUGUAGAUGUUAUACUAGUCUUUAUAUAUGUUCUCUUUGUAGAUAUUUCCUGGAUGCAAUCAUUGUGAACAAUGAAUUUUGAUUUGACCUCAAAGAUGAAUGAUCAAAGCCAACCAGGCCGAUCCAACUUUGGUCCGCGGUUGAAGUUGGUAGAUCAAUUGCCUUUGAGGAAAUCAAAAGGUAGGUUUAGAUCCAAGCCUAUGUUGAAAAUUGAUAAGGAUUGCCAGAACUAUCAAGCAAAUUUGAAAUAUAUGAAUAUAUGCAAGCGCAAGCGCAAUGCGCAUGAUCAACGAGCAAACGUUGCGAAACAACUAACCAAAAAAAAUCCUCCCAAAGAUAGAGAAGUUGGGCCAUGGAAUGCUUUGGUACCAAAGAAUUGCGAAUCAAAGCAUUCAAGGCAACUGACUACCUUAAGCCUAGAGAAUAGCUUGAAUCUUUCUCGAAUGGAUUUCAAGUGCUCCAAGACCUCUAGAGAUCAAAAUAUAGCUUCGAAAAAAAUGAAGAUGGCGGCCCUUCCGAAGUCAAAGAAUGACUCAAACGCCACAUCGGGGUGUUUGGAGCAAUCUCACCAUAUGGAUAGUUCAUUUCCAACUCAGUUGAAGGUGAUAGCAGGUUUAGUUCACAAUGCAAACAAUGUUGAGACAUCAAAUCUAAACAAUAGUGCCUUGGUUUCACGGUCCGAGGGUCGAUCAAAUCCUUAUCAAGGAGAAUACAUCAAAGUUGGGAUGGAUGGCACAAAAAAAUUGAAUCAUGUAAAGAAGAGAAGAGUUUCAAGAAAAUCAAACACCCCAAUGGCAAGUAGGUUUUUUGUUGUUGACAGCAAUGGCUCAAACAAGGAGAAGGGAAGUCAACAUGAAGUUAUGACCAAAGAAAAGGGAAUGAUAGGCCGUACAAGUGAAGCCACUAGCAAUGGUCAUAAGCAGACAGGCACAACAAAGAAAAAUGAAGUUCCGAAUUCAAGCUCAUUGUUGGUUGGCAAGAAACGCGUGCAAGGCUUCGGGGAUAAUUUCGGAGAUAAUGUUAAGAAUCAUUCUAGACUCCAAAGCAAUAAUGCAUCAUUCAUGGAAGGUCGCAAUUAUGCAAUAGUUUCUUCCAAACAUAUGCUUCCGAAUGAGUUUACAAAAACAAACUUGAAGUUGCCUAAUAGGAACAAACUUGUUGGAGGCAAUGGGAAGACUAAUGACAACAAGUGUAGGAGGAAACAACCAUUGUUAGAAGAAAUGCUUGAUGCACAUGGUGGUAUUGGUAGUGAUGGAGCCGUACAACAUGAUCUAACUUGUAGGUCAAUGAAGAGGUGGAGAUGCAUUGAAGACAAUGAAGAUGAAGAAGAUAGUGGCGGUGAUCAAUGUGCCAUGGUUUUUGAACAUGUCGAAGGUGUCCACCUGGAGAAUUUGACUGCAGUGUCAAUUAUGAAGCAGAGAAGAUGUACAGAAACAAAUGAAGGCAAAGUUGAUAGUGGUUAUCAAAACCCAUUUGACGUUGAAAAUGAUUGUGAAGGAGUUCAGCGAUCGGGGACUUAUAAGUCGAAGAAGAAACGGAGAAAAUACAUUGAAACAAGCGAAUAUGAAGAUGAGAUGUGUGACCAGCAUCAAGUGUGUGUUGAAGGUGGUACCAAUGAGUUGACACAAGCUGAUAUUUCAAAGCAUUGUGUCCAGCAAAGCCAUUGUUGCUCAAAGCCUAUUGACAAACCUAGAUGGAGUGGAAUCUUUAAGAUAGAUGGUAAGGAAUGCAUAUCAUUGACUGGAUAUUUCUCAACCAAGUCAUGUGAGAAAGUGCGGAAAUUGUUAUUGCCGCAGGUGGUUCAAGUGACAAAGGUUCCUAGAUUGGCAGCAUGGCCCAAGAUAUGGAAGGCAUCAAAACCCACUGGUGACAGCAUUGGAUUGUAUUUCUUCCCUCAUGAAAUGAGGCAUGAUGAAGAACUAGAUCAACUAGUUAAGGAAGUCAUUAAUAAAGAUUUGGUCUUGCGAGCUGUUAUUGAUGAAGCCGAGAUGCUGAUAUUCCCAUCUGUUCUACUACCUGAACGACAUCAGACAUUGCAAACAAAACACUACCUAUGGGCGGCAUUCAAGGCAAAGGAGGAUAAAGGUGCUGUACCUGUAGAACAGGAAGAAGACAAGGAAAAACAUGUUUCAAUCCAGCUAGCUGACGUACAAUCUGAAGAGUCAGAUCAAGAAACGAUUUUGAUGAAAUGUGACAAACCGUUGGUGAACCAGCAGUUGCCUGCUAAUAUCAUUCAAGAAGUUGAAACUUGCUGCAUUCAAAGGCCAACCAACCUGCACCUUGGACGUGAAGCUCCUGAAGAAAAGAGACUGAUGAGAGAAUCAUCUUAUGGUUUCGGCACCAGUGCAGCUACUUCUGUUGCUACUGAUGCCACCACAGUUGCUAAUGCUGCUACCUUUCCCUCUGAAGCUACUUCGUUUGCUACUAAUACAUCUCCCGUUCCUGCAAAUCAUGGACCCAUCAGUCCAAGCAUGGAAGCUCUCCCGUGCAGCAGCAGUGUCUUCCAUAUUGUUGUCCGACAAACUCAGGAUCCUGAGCCAAAAGUCCAGCAAUUUAUCCAGGAUAUGGAACGUGAAGGUUUACUGGUAGCUGUUAUGCAGGGAGAGGUAAUUGGUCCCGGCUAGUGGCCAAGCAAUAUCACAACCGCCAUGCUGUAGCUGUAGGGAGUAGAGAGCACGCCAUGAUCAAGCUGCUCACUGGGGAUAGCAGAUCAGCCAAGGUCCCAUGUCAGCAUGAGCAGGCAAGGUGACUGGUGAAGCAGCUUGCAAAUGUGCUUGGCUUUCUGGGGUGGAGGUAGUCAGUCAGGUAGUGUUCUUAGAUACUAGCUUUUGUUUAGUUUAUGGUAAGGUGCAUGCUUAAAGGGCACCGCCUGUUUGUAAGGUUCAGAUGCUUGUAGCGGAGAGCGUUGUUAGUCUAGUCGAAUGUAUGUUUGGUCGUGCAAAUAAUUUCUCUAGUGAGACAUACCUGAGCACCUGUGUUCUGAAUGCUUGCCAUUUCCUUUAGAGAGAACCCGAGUUAUGUCAAA